AUGGGUGCUGGUGCCAGCGCAGAGGAGAAACACUCCCGUGAGCUGGAGAAGAAGCUCAAGGAAGAUGCGGAGAAGGACGCCAGAACGGUCAAGCUGCUGCUUUUGGGAGCUGGCGAAUCGGGGAAGAGCACGAUUGUAAAACAAAUGAAGAUCAUCCACCAGGAUGGAUACUCCCUGGAAGAGUGCCUGGAGUUCAUCUCCAUCAUCUACAGCAACACCCUGCAGUCCAUGCUGGCCAUCGUGCGGGCCAUGGGCACGCUGAGCAUCCAGUACGGGGACUCGGCCCGGCAGGACGAUGCCCGUAAGCUGCUGCACUUGGCUGACACCAUCGAAGAAGGCACCAUGCCCAAGGAGAUGUCUGACAUUAUUGCCCGCCUCUGGAAGGAUGCAGGCAUCCAGGCCUGCUUCGAGCGAGCCUCGGAAUACCAGCUGAAUGACUCGGCCGGCUACUACCUGAGGGACCUGGCACGCCUGGUGGCACCCGGCUACGUCCCCACAGAGCAGGACGUGCUGCGCUCCAGGGUCAAGACCACCGGCAUCAUCGAAACACAGUUCUCCUUCAAGGACCUCAACUUCAGGAUGUUCGACGUGGGCGGCCAGCGCUCCGAGCGGAAGAAGUGGAUUCACUGCUUUGAAGGGGUCACCUGUAUCAUCUUCAUCGCUGCCCUCAGUGCCUACGACAUGGUCCUGGUGGAGGACGACGAAGUGAACCGGAUGCAUGAGAGCCUGCAUCUCUUCAACAGCAUCUGCAACCACCGCUACUUCGCCAUCACCUCCAUUGUCCUCUUCCUCAACAAGAAGGACGUCUUCCUGGAGAAGAUCAGGAAGGCUCACCUCAGCAUCUGCUUCCCCGAUUACGACGGAUCAAACACGUUCGAGGACGCGGGCGCCUACAUCAAGGUCCAGUUCCUGGAGCUCAACAUGCGCCGGGACGUAAAGGAGAUCUACUCGCACCUGACCUGUGCCACCGAUACUGAGAACGUCAAGUUCGUCUUUGACGCCGUUACCGACAUCAUCAUCAAAGAGAACCUCAAGGACUGUGGCCUCUUCUGA